AUGGACCACUCUUCCUCUUCUUCAUCGUAUAGUAAUGGAUCACCUGAUCAACAACAGCAACAACAAGGAACACUUCCUCCUCCCCUACCACCAAGACGAGCAACCACAAUUUCAACAAGACAGCAAGGGAUUGAAAUAUCGAACGGAAAUUCAUCAACAAAUAAUACUUUAGUUUCUCAAUUUGGUAAUAGAAGUGAUUUUUCUAGUAACAUUCUUACAAGAAACAAAUACGAACCCCAUUCAUCAACCGAGAGUAACAACAAUCAAUCUGCCUUUAAUAAUGAGAGUUAUCAAAGUUAUGCAGGUGUUGAUGAUCUAAAUAGUACUUCUUUCAAUAGAUUUGAAACAAAUCAUCCAUCUAACCAAACAAAUGCUCCACCUAGCAUUCCACAAAGGAAACCCAAAUACCAUUCACCCUCUCUGCUCAACAAAUCUCCUCCUCCACCAAUACCUCAAAAAUCUAUUAACCACAUCCAACAUGAUUCUCCUUCAAACAGCUCACCAACCUCUCCAAAAUUCCUCAAUAGAAAUCCUCCCCCACCAAUUCCAGGAUCCCUCAAAGGGAUAGACACUGACAUUCGUUUAAAGGAUGAUGAACAAAAGGAGGAGGUAUUACCCAAACGUCAAGAUAUUGUGUCCUCUUCCAUCAACAUCAACUUUUCGGGUGAUAGCACUGAUGAGAACCAUACGAAACCAAAGAAAAAUCGACCACCAUCCAUUCCAUCAUACUCUAGAGGAUUUAAUUCUGGUGCUGCUAAUAGUAAUUAUUCUUCUAUUGAUCAAAGUUUGACUGGUAAUAGUGCUGUUACAACAACUCCACCACCUUUGCCAAUCAGAAAGAUUGUUAACGAUAAGAAACUUCUCGACUCACCAAACAGUGUAAAUAGUGUUGGAAGUAAUAGUAGUAGUUGCAGCUCAUCUCUCAGUGAUUCGUGCAACAUUCUCAGUUAUUUACAUUCCAAACAGGGAGGAAAUUUGAAUAUGGAUUACCUAGAUACAGGCGACGAAGGUUCUCUGAUGCAAGAUGUGGAGUCAGAAGGAAAUGAUGAGUUUAGUUUUCCAAGCAAUUCAUAUGAGGCAGAAAACGAUCUGUCAUCACCUGGAAAUGGUCAAUCAGCCAAACCAAUCGAUUUUUCAGUAGACGAGGCACUCUUCAGACGAGUCAACUCAAAAGUGAAAACACUCUCUUUAAAUGGCAUUUCUCGUUCUUCUUCAUUGACUAGAAAAACAUCUAGAACCCUUCACUACUCUUCACAAAACAAAUCACACAACACCUCCUUUGUUGAAUAUCAACAACAACAUAAUCACUCACCAACUGCUGCUUACACCUCUUCCGAUCAAUUUGGAAGUAGUAGUAAUUCAACCAGCACAACAAUUUUACCAUCCGAAAGAAUUGAACAAGCAAUGGAAAUUGAAACGAAAAACAAACCUUGGUCACAAACAGAUAAGACCUUGUCAGCUGAGGAAGAAGAAUUAUUGGCAAAUUCAAGAGUUUCUCAACCUCAUCUUCUUCAAGCCUACAAAGUUUUUAACACACCAUUCCAUAUUAUGAAACGAGUACCUGUAAAAUAUAUGCGAGCACCUUUCCAGCCUACUUUUGAUGAAAACGAUGGAAUUGACCAUAGUCAUAAUUAUUGUGAUAAUUCAGAAUCUUCUGUUUCUUCAGCACCAAAACAAUCUUCUUCCGACUCCAGUGAUGAUGAAUCGUCAACUAAUACUGAAGAAGAAAGUAUUACCACACCAAGAAAUAGAAAGAGUUACUUUUUGAAAUUGUCAGAAAUUGAUAAAAUUUCUCUUGGUCAAACAGAAGAUUCAGACCAUCACACUAUUCAGCAAUCUCCUAGAAAUAGUGUAACACCUAGAGCAUCAAUAAGAAGUAAAACAAUUAUUGGUAUGAUAGGAGGAAACACGGAAAAGAAGGCAGUUGACGGUUUUGAUGAAAUUCAAGUUUUGGAAGCAAAGAAAAGUCUUGUCGAAUUUGCCAAAUAUUCUGCUGGUAAAAAGAAGACUGACAUUAUUGAAAAUAUUGAACCAAAGAAUGGAACUGUAAUGGUAGUUAAAAACCCAGGAUUAGAUGCUGUGACAGAGACCAUUACUUCAAAAACACGUUUGAUGAGUUGUUUAAAACCUGAUUACAUGUUCAAACCUUUGGAAGCUUCAAUGUGCCAAAGAGUUUCUGAUUUAGCUUAUCCAGUUAAAAGAAAGACCAAAUUCUUCCUUCAAUGUACAAGUUUAAGAUUUGAAAAUAUUCAAAUGAAAGAUAGAGAAUUAUUAUUCUCAUCAGUUGCCUUAUACGAUAUUCAAUAUGGUAGAAAAUUAUCAGAAGACUACCAUUUCCAUUUAUUGCCUAAUCAACAAUUAAGCGAUCUUCCACCUCUAUUCAGAGAUGAACUCAAAAUUUAUGAAGAUGCAAGAGAUAUUUAUUCUUCAAUAAUAGUUUCUCCAAAAAAGUUAUUCACUGUUAGUUAUCCAAAUGACGAGGUCUAUCUCGUAGCAACAAUCUAUAGAAUUCCUACAUCAUCUAUCCAUGAGGCUGUUAAAAUGUAUUCUAAAGAAAAUAAGAAUAUUGAUAAGUGGUCUGAUCAAUACAAUCAACUUAAGGCCAAGCUAAUUAGAUUCAGACAGCCAUUUUUAUUUGGAUUUACAUCUUUAUUUGUUAAGGAAAUGAUCAAUGUUAAAGGGAAACAGGUUGAAUCUUUCAAAUUGGAAGGUUCAAGAUAUGACAUCAAACCAUUCUAUGAAGUUGAUGGCGAUUUUAAAAAUCCAGUAGAUUUUGUGACAAUUAUUAGAAACUCAAUCAAGGAUAAGAAAAUUAAGAAUAAUCAAGUUCAAGGAUCUAUGCUGUUCACUGCUGAACUUCUUUCAAAUUCUAGUUCUCAAAGUAAUUAUGAAAUUCAGCAAAAAAUCCAAAAUUCUAAAUCAAGAUUCUUAACAAGUCAAGGAUCGAGAUCUGAUUUGGAUUCCUCAUUUGGGUCCCCAAGCUCAAGCUCUAUUCUCGGAUCAAGUACAGCAUUCAGCUCACCAAGAUCUGUUAAUGAAAGUAUAAUAUCUAGUUAUGAGCAUGAUGGAACUGAGAGCCUUGUAAAUCAAGAACAACUCAAUCAAGUUCAAGAAUUUCCACUCCUCUCCUCUAACUAUCCUAAUCUAUCCAUGCAAAAUACUUUGUUUAUUUAUCCUCAAAGUUUUAUUAUUGAAGGUGCAUCCUCAGCAAAGAACAUUUUUGCUGAAGUUUAUUUUAGAGAAACAGACACAGCUCCUCCUAAAGUUGAAGAUAUUGAUGGAAAAGCUGAAAAAAGAUUUAUUGCUUGGUUAAAGAAGGAGAGAACAACUUCUUUAAUAACUUCCCUUUCGGUCGAUUCGAGACAGCAAAUAUUAUUGGAUGAAUUUAGAUUGGAACUUCCAAUGUAUCCUAUGGAAAAGCACCAUUUAUUAUUUGUCUUUUACCAUGUUGAUAUUGACAAUAAGCAUUCAAAGAAAUUGGAAUAUGCAAAUAGUUCCUUCGAUUCAAGAAAAGAAUUCUUUUCAACAUCUGAUAGAGCUAUUAUUGGAUAUGCUUUCCUCCCACUCACUAAGAGUAUUCAACCAGAUGAAUGUGAGUACACUUUGAAACACAACCUUAUCUACUUGCCUGAUUGUAAUGAUGAUAUUACAAUCUACAAGAAGGACUCUUUUAAGAGUAAUUAUUUGUCUGAGAAUAGUCUCAAACCUCUAAAGAGUUCAAAAAUCAAAGUUAAAACCAAUUUAGUAUCGACUAUACACCCUAGAGAUCCAACUCUUGCAUUAUUUUAUGCUUCUCUGACUGAUCUCUACACAGCCGCUCCUGGUAAAACAAUUGAAAUAUUGGAUUUCUUGGAAGGUUUUGUUCUUCAAAAGUUUAACGAAAUUGAAUUCUCAGAGUUGUUACCUCACUUCCCAAUUUUAAUGAACCUACUUUUUGAAUUGAUGUGCAGAGUUUCUGAACUUACAACUGAUGAACAACAAAUUGAAAGCUUGGAAAGCUCUGUCUUUGAAUCAUUACUUGUUUGCCUAAGAGGAUCCUACCACUUUACCAAACAUCACACAAGAAGUAACAAGUAUUUUACUAGUUAUGUUAAAUUCAUGUUUGAAAACAUCAAGGGUAAUCCACUUUUCUUGAAUUUACCAAGAAUAAUAACAAGAUUUAUUUAUGUUCCAGAAGGCAAGGAACUUGAGCCAGCAGAAGAAGGCAAAUAUAUUAAGGAAAUGAACAGGCUCAGUAAAAAGUAUGGCAAGUCAGUCAUAAAGAAAACUACCAGUUUGGAAAAGGAUAAAAAGGAAUACGAAAAGAAAAAGAAUGAAGUAUCUCCUCAUGAUCCUAUCAGAUUUUCUUGGUUCCUUUUCGAUAUUACUAUCAAGAGUAUAAUUCUUUCAGGAGUGCCUAGCUCAGAAGAUCACCACACUAUGGAUUACUUUACAGAAGUACCUGAAGACCUAUUCUUCAUAUCAUUGAAACAAUUAAUUGACAACUUUAAUACAUGUGUCAACAAGUUAAUGUUGAGUGAUGGUACUGGAAGAAAUAACAUUGGGUUGAAUGGUAAUAGAAACUUGGCAUUGUUCAUUAGAGAUUUGAUCCCUAUUCUCAAAAGAGAACAUGUGCUCAAACUGGUAAAGAAAUACUUUAAAUUCUUUAAUGGAUCGGAUGAGAAACAACUUCGUUUGAAGAGUGAAUUCAUUACUAUCCUCAGUGACUAUGAGCAUUGGAUUCCUAUCAACAAUUUAUCAUUGGAAGGAGGAAACUUUGGUGUCAAACAUUUCAGCACGUUAUUCUAUCAAAUUGUGGACAGUAAGAAGGAUAGAUUAAUUAAGAAGAUGACAAAGGUCUUACUCAACCACCUUUGUAAACUUGAUUUUGACUCUAGAUAUGUUCAUGAAAACUCAAAAGCCAAUGUUUGUGAAAUUUAUCUCAUCUUUGUUGAUUUGUUCUUUGAAAAAGAUGAGUACCUCACAAUUUUCCAAGAUGAUGAGCUGUUUGUUGUAUUUUCAUGCAUUUUGUUGUGGAUAAUGAGAGGCUUAUCAAAGCAAAGGUUAAUUUCUUGGUUCAAGGUUCUACCAUUCUUCAAGAUUUUGAAUAUUUUGAACUUUUUGGACUAUGUAACUAUUGCUAUUAACAAUCUCGAUUAUGAUCCAAAAUCUAGAGUUGAAGAUGAUAGAUCUCUUCGUACCGAAGUUUCCCUUGUUAUUAAUUACUUGAUUUCUGUAAUUGUAUCAAAUGUCACCUCAGACGGAGGAUUUAUUGAUGAGCUGCAAAUGCAAAGCGACAAUAUUGAUCUUCUCUCUAAUAUCCAACUUGCUGAUCCAAGUUUACUGAGACAAAGACAACUUGUAUCCUACUAUGAGGCAAAAAGCUUAAAGCAACAAGCUCCUCUUAUUGGUCUAUUCUUUAGACAGAUUUGUAGAGUUUUGAUGAACAGUGUUCUUCAAUUAACCUUGAGAAAGGAAUUAGACUUGGUAUAUAUUGUAUUUAGAGAAUCACUUUUACCUCUUAUCAAAGAAUGUACCAGUAAACUUGUGGUAAAUGAGCUCUAUGAUCCAAACAUUCCAAAGAAACAGAGAAUUCCUAUUGCUGAAAAGAGACAAGUCGAACAAAAGUGGAGAUGGUUAUUGGGUGCUGUUAUGCUUCACUCAGGAUUUACAUCUGAAGAAGAGCAAAAUGCUUAUCCAAUUGUCAAAGAAUGUCAAAAACUUUUAUUAGAACCUUUCAAUAAUGAACUGUUCAAUGUGCAAUUAGAUAGUACCGAUAUUGAGGAUGGUGAUUUGCUAUUGAACAAUGAAGAGCACAAUAUCAAAGCAGGUACAUUCAAAAAACUUGUCGAAAGAUUGCUUGACGUGGAUACAAAUCAAAUUGACAAGGAGAGUCACAAGUAUGGAGAAAUCUUCCUCCUCACUUGCGCCUCUUUCACUCAACCAAUUAAUUUACUCACCCAACUUAUUGAAAUAUUUAAAACAGCCGAAGAAACAGUCAUCAAGCUCAGAGUUGAACAAUUUAUCAGCAAGUGGGUUAGAUUCGGAUUCCAUGAUUUUGACAAUAAUGUUAUUGCCAAGCUUGUUACAUUCCUUUCCAAUAUUUCUGGAGUUACUCAAAAGAAGAUUAAGAAAUACAUUAUCAAACACUUCUUGAAUGUCAAGAUGGAUAUUUACACAGAUGUUACAGCAGUACCACCAAAUCCUCACAUUCCAAAGAAUAUUCCAAAAGAAAAAUUGGAAGAACCCCAAAUGGAUAUCAGAAAGUGGAAGGAGGCCAAAAAGUUUACCAAACAAUUAGAUAAUCCAUUUGAUGUCAAGUUUGAACUUUUGGAUUGGCCAAGUUUAGAAAUUGCUAGACAAUUGACAAUCAUUGAGGCAAAACUCUUCAAAAAGAUUGAACCAAAAGAAUUUUUCGGCUCAGCUUGGACUGACAAAGAGUACAAGCAAGAACUUGCACCAACACUGUGUGCAAUAACUGAGAGAACUAACAAUGUUAGUUUCUGGGUUAGAAACAAGAUACUUUUGGAGCCAAAUUUGGAAAUUAGAAAGAAAAUUAUGAAGAAAUUUGUGGACAUCCUUAGAGAGUUGAAAGAACUUCGAAACUAUACCUCAAUCAUUCAAAUCACAUCUGCAUUUAAUUCUGCCGAGAUUCACAGACUGAAAAAGACAAAAGAAGGACUCAGCAAGCAAGAUUUGGAACUUGUUGAAGAAUGCAGUAAUUUGGUGAACAAUAAUUCCAAGGCAUUGAGAGAACAAUUGGAACGAGAAGUUAUCAUUAAUGGUGCCCCAGCAGUUCCUGUUGUAGCAAUCUACUUUACUGAUUUGGUAUUUAUUGAAGAUGGUAAUUUAGAUUAUUUUGAGCACAAAUUGAACAAGAACAAGAAGCUAAUCAACUUCCAAAAGAGAAGACUCUACUAUAAUACUGUCAAUACUAUCAAGACUCUUCAAACCAAAUCCAAAUACAUUCUACAACCUCUUCCUUAUCUUCACUAUGUACUCAAGGAAGAAAUUGUGCAAAAUAUCAAGACAGAUGAGAAGGCCCUCUUUGAUUUAUCUCUCAAAGUUGAACCAAGAGCUCCAGCUACUAACAAAUAA